UGAGACUAGGCAAUAGACUAAAAUCCAUCUUUAAAGCAAGUAUUUGCUUAUUAGCAUCUUUUAAAUGUGCAUUGUAAAAAAAGAAAAUAUUAAUUUUUUAAGAGCUAAGUAUUGGAAAGAGUGUAGCAAAGUAGAGAGCUAUUUAAAAAAAAAGUCAAGGACCAGAAAUCAGGGAGAAAGGUAGGAAGGAAGGAAGGAAGGAAGGAAGGAAGGAAGGAAGGAAGGAAGGAAGGAAGGAAGGAAAGCAGACAGGCAAGCUAUCUUCACCUUUCACUCUACAGGUUUAUUGACAAGAAUCCGGCAAUGGAAACGUGGUCAGUUGAUCAGGUCUGCACGUGGUUGGUGGAGAAAAACUUAGGUGAGCUAGUCCCCAGGUUUCAAGAGGAAGAAGUCAGCGGAGCUGCACUCCUGGCACUUAAUGAUCGGAUGAUACAGCAACUGGUAAAGAAAAUUGGACACCAGGCUGUUCUGAUGGACUUCAUUAAAAAAUACAAGCAGAGCAAUCAAUGGCUGAAGCCCACUGGAGGCCCCAGAGAGACCUCCCUGUUGACCCUGGCACAAGCUGCCCCCGAGCAUGAAGAGAACUCCAGUCUCACCAGCUAUGGAGACCAGACAUCUUUGCAUCCAGCUGAAAACCUUGAUAAUGGACUCAUUGACCAAAGAGUAUUGAAGCAGAGAAGAAAUGUAAAGCAUGUUCUAGCAAGGCAUAAAGCAUUACAAUGGACUAAGUCCUAUGUCCUACCAGAGUUUCCCUAUGAUGUCAAGUGUGUGCUGGCGGAGCAGAGGUGCCCUGAUCACAGCAUGAGGAUAAGGAUCAUCGAGUUUCUCCAGGCAGAUAUGACAAAGUACCUGGAAGGCUCGCUGUACCCCACCACCCAGCAGUACAACGAUGUGGUCAAUGCUCUGCUGCAGGCCCACCCUUUCCUGGAUGAGGACGGCUGUGGCUUUUUUUUAUGGAAACGAGCCCUCAAAGAUCGCUUUAAAUAUGUUCGAAGACCCAUAGAAGAUGAUGAACAAGUAAUGAGAAAUAAGUGUAAAUUUGGACACCGAAGGGGCCAGACAAGGAAGUCUCUUGCCGACCUAGGAUCUGAUGAAAUUAAAAUUGUGCAGAUAAAAGAAGAAUCUGUUUGUUUAGAUACAGAAGUGAACGAACAUAUUCGCUGGUUCCAGCGAGAGUAUGUGAAAACAGACAAGGACUGGAGAGAAAUUAACAAGAGGAUGAGUCAGAAUUUGGAAAUCAGAAGAAAGAUGAUUGGCUGCCGAACACCUCUCAAGGACAUUCUUAACAUGUUUCCUUUCCUGAAGUGCCCUAACCAGAUGUUCCGAGAAGUCCAACUUCUUACAAGAACAGAUAUUUAUAAGAAAACAAGGCGUAUUCUGGAAUCCUACUCAGAAAAUAUUCUGACUACCUUUUCAAUGGUGGACAAUCCAAUCAAUACUGGGCUGCAAGAGGAGAUGAAACACUAUACAGAUGAAGGAGUGUAG